UCUUUUAGCCUGUCUGUCUUCUUUACUGCUGCAAUGUGAACAGAGAGAAUGGGGCAGGUCGCUUGGAAAGGCAUGUUCCUGUCACUUUUUGACUAUAAGACUGAAAAAUAUGUUAUUGCCAAGAACAAAAAGAUUGGGAUCCUAUUUCGAUUUUUGCAGCUGUCCAUUCUGGCUUAUUUAGUGGGGUGGGUAUUUCUCGUUAAGAAAGGUUACCAGGACACAGACACGUCCAUCCAAAGUUCUGUUAUUACCAAAGUGAAGGGAGUAGCUUUUACCAAUACCUCGGAACUUGGAGAAAGACUGUGGGAUGUAGUGGAUUACGUAAUACCUCCUCAAGGAGAAAACAUAUUUUUUGUUGUAACAAACUUGAUAGUUACACCUAACCAGAAGCAGGGAACAUGCGCCGAGAGUUUUGGGAUCCCAGAUGCAGUGUGUGCAAAAAACAGCGACUGUCCACAGGGUGAACCUGUUAAAGCUGGCAAUGGGGUUAAGACUGGGCGCUGCUUGAGGACAGGAGCUGUGAACACAACAGGGAUAUGUGAAAUAUUUGCUUGGUGCCCAUUGGAGAAGAAAAAGAAACCAAAGAACCCAUUACUGGAAAAGGCAGAGAAUUUCACGGUCUACAUAAAAAACUCAAUACGUUUCCCAAAGUUUAAUUUUUCCAAGACAAACAUAUUGGACACGAAUGAUGUCUCCUUUCUGAAAUCCUGUCGCUACAGUAAAGACAACCAUUACUGCCCCAUUUUUCACUUGGGGAAGAUUGUAUCGUGGGCUGGAAAUGACUUUCACAACAUGGCAUUAGAGGGUGGAGUAAUUGGAAUACAAAUUGAAUGGGACUGUGACCUGGACAAGGAUGCAUCAGAAUGCCAUCCUCACUACGAUUUUACUCGGCUGGAUAGCAAGUUGAGUGGUAAAUCUGUGUCUUCUGGAUACAAUUUCAGAUUUGCAAAAUAUUACCGUGAUGCAAACGGGACAGAUUAUAGGACAAUGAUAAAAGCUUACGGCAUUCGCUUUGACAUCAUGGUUAAUGGGAAGGCUGGGAAAUUUAACAUCAUUCCUACUAUAAUCAACAUUGGUUCUGGGCUGGCACUGAUGGGUGUGGGGGCAUUCUUCUGUGACCUUGUGCUGUUGUAUUUGAUGAAAAAGAGCAACUUUUACAGGGACAAAAAAUUUGAAGAAGCAAAAUCUUCUGUUAAAAAAUCAUUGCAAGUGAAAGCCAACGGACAAAAGAAAUCGAAAAGCCUUGAUGUGGUCAACCAAUUAGAGCAUUUACAGACAGUGGAGACCUAACCAGUUAUUUCAGAGACAUAUGGUCAGAAACAAAAAAUAUUUACCUGACUUGGAAAGUGUGACAUCAGUUCAAAAGCAGAGAACGCAAACUGUCCUACCAUCUAAAACCUUUCCCAAUACUUGAGCCAUAGCCUGCUAGACAGAGGUAAACGGAACCAAAUUAAGUAUAACG